AUGUCAAAACAUAUCAAAAGGUUCAAUGUACGGUUAGAAUAUAUCUAUAAUGGGAUGUGCAUCCUGCUCUGCACUGACAACUUCUGUGAGCUGGGACAGGGUUUGGAGUGCUUGGGUCAGACCCUGAAGGAUCAGAUGCCAGCGUUGAGGCCGGGGGGCUGGGGGGGCUGGACGCCUGGGGGCGGCGUGCUGGGCUAGUCUGUGGCGUACUGGCUGAAGGCGCUGGAGGGGCAGCAGCACGGCAUGAAGGUGCUGGUGGUGGAGAGGGACCCCACGUACUUCCAGGCCUCCACGGUGCUGUCGGUGGGGGGCAUCCGGCAGCAGUUCUUGCUGCCAGAGAACAUCCGCAUGUCGCGCUUCGCCACCGCAUUCCUGCGCCGCAUUGACGAGUACCUUGGGGUGCCCAACGAGCCCUACAUCGACAUCCAGUUCCAGCCCUCGGGAUACCUCUUCCUUGCUCUCACAGAAGCUGCUGCCAGGCUGGAGGCCACUGUCUGGCUCCAGAGGGAGGAAGGGGCACAAGUGGCUCUGCUGUCCCCAACCCAGCUGAAGGAGAGGUUCCCCUGGAUGAACACAGAGGGGGUGGCUGUGGCCUCCUAUGGUCUGGAAGAUGAAGGUUGGUUUGAUCCCUGGACCCUCCUCAAUGCCUUCUGCCACAAAGCCACCUCUCUGGGAGUCCACAGCUGCUCCGGGGAGGUGCGAGGCUUUGUCACCUCAGCUAGGGACUUGGUGCCGGGGGGACCAUCGCUGACGUCCGCACGCAUCAAACACAUCCACAUCUACAUGCGGGACAGCCUGGAGUACAAGCCUGUGGCUUGUUCCAUCAUGGUCAACGCUGCGGGUGCCUGGGCCGGGAAGCUGCUGGAGGAGGCAGGGCUGCCCGAGGAGAUGUGGCAGCCCCCCCUGUGUUUUUUUUUUUAA